AGUGUAAAAUAUAGUGUCCGGAUAUUGGCAGCGAUGUAGUUAUAAUGUAGGACGUCCCACUCAGAUUUAUGUCAAAAGUUCAAAGAGACACGUUUACGAAGAACGAGCCAUUUCUUGCGCGUAUAUUAUAUUAUUUCGAUAAAAGCCGUUCGACCUUGGCUCACGUAAAUAUUUCGUCACAUGUAACAAUCCCUCGCCUCCAUAAUAUCGUUCCUCUUGGUGCGAGGUUUCCGGUUUGAUUGCAAGCUUUUCUUGAUAUUGAGUUCCCCCUUUCGGUUAUGAACGCGAACAGCAGCGUUUAACCGAGAGGUUCACCGGGGGACACGCACACCGUCUGCCCUACAUAAAAUGCACCCAUUGUAGGCCGAGGUGUCAGCUGAGGACGACUCGCAACCUAGAAACGGCGGUUGGCCCCUCCUUCCCUUUGUCAGUCCUAUUGUAAAACGUUAGUCCGAGGUCUUCUGAGGUAUUCUUUUUUUCCGAAAAUAGAUACGAAAAUUGGCAUUGACCGCAGAAGCGGCGUGUCAGCCGUGCGAACGGAGUUUUCUCCAUUUUCAACAAACCUUUUCGAGACCCCUCACGAUUCUUUAUCAAAGGCGCUGUCCCGGGGAACCGUGCCCGAUGACAUCAUCCCCCGCUCUUUGUAUACAGUUGCUAGGGGUUACAGGGUGACAUUUCAAACAGUCCUGCUCUAGAUGUGCUCGAGAUACGCGGUCCGAUUUCUGUAUUAACACAAAACAACGGGCGAAAUACAAAGUUUGCUAUUUAUUUUGAACUGAGGCUAUACUAGCUAUACAGUAUAAACUUUAAAACUUUGUGAGAUGGCAGAUUCUGGUCUACCAGAAAAAGCGCUUAUCACCGAGAGUGCGGAGAACAUUCGUACUACCUCCGUUUUCACGGACCCGUAUGAACGCUCUUUUAACUAUAUGGAGACUCACAGUAUUCUUCAGAUUUUUCAGGACAUCACAGAGAGACUGGUUUUUGAUAGACCAGACGAUCCACUUCAGUUCAUGUUAGAACAGGUGCAAAUGAAGAUCAAAAUCCGUGAUGAGUCAAGCAGCACAUUUGUGAAAUCAUAAUGAAUUCUAAAGCAAAGCAGCAAGGGCUUUGCAACAAAUUGAAUCCAAGUUUAUUCUUUUAUUUAUAUAUUUCUUUAAAUAAGGUGUAUUGGUUGCUGCAGGUCAUUCCGUGACUCUGCAUUGUUGUUUCCAAGCAACUGUCUUCAGAUUUUUGUUCUCCAAAUUUACCAUGUUUUGUCAGAAUUUUUAGACGGUAACAACAUUCUGAAAUCUUAAUAAUCUUAAUGUCUAAACAUCUCAAUGAACACUCAAGUGGCAAG